AUGGAGGAUGCACACGGGCAGAUUGGAGUGACCACUGCAAUCCGGGGAGUGACGCACCACAGGGGCUUCCAGAGGCGAGGACUGUGCGGAGAGUCCAGGGCCCCGCCUGGAGCGCUGUGCCGCCCACACCUGACUCAGACGUCUGCUUCCCAGAACUGUGAGAGAAUAAAUGUACGGGAUAGCUUGCUGUGGCAGCCACAGCAGGCUGCCAGCAGCAGGCGUGCCCAGGGCACUGAGCUGGUCUGGGCAUUACCUGAGCCCAGUGCAGAGUGGGGAGCUCUCCAUACUGGCGGCACAGCAUCCCAGCCCACGACUCAGCCGGUAACCACCGCGAAGGCCACAGACCCAACCACGUCCCACACAUCUCCAGCCGCCAGCACUGAAACCCAGAAGCCCACAACCGUCAGCGCAAGCAGCGGCCCGACUUCUGCCGCCCCGACCUUGGUGGCCAGUAGCCCCUCAACAGCGCCCGGCGGCCUGGCGGUGGUGGGGACCCCACCUCCACGCCACACCACGGGGGUGCCGGGGAGCCCGGACUCAGGCAGCACCCUUGGCAACACGCAGCCUCCCCAGGCUUCGACCCUGGCCACACGGCCACCGACCACAGCCCCCCCUCAGCCGGUAACCACCAGCCCUGAGGGAAGUAAAACAACGGCUGGGGCUGGAGCCCAAAGCGGCCUCAGCGCCAGCACAGCCGCCGUGCCGGGCACUCUGGAGCCCACCACGCAGCCCACUUCACCCCCUGGCACCGGUCUCGCGUCCGCGCCCUCGACUACCCCAGGGAGCCCUGCCCUGCAGACCUUGGCCCCCACUACUCCGAGCCCCCCAGGGAGCUUGCCGGGCCAACCAGGCGAAACCACUGCAGCUUCCGGCAGCUCGGGCACCCCGGACCCCACCGCCACGUCUGGGGGCGAGGCGAGCACACCCUUACCGUCGGUCACCUCAUCAGACAACCCGCAGACCACCAGCAAGAUGCAAACCGUCCCUGGGACCUCAACCUCCAUCACCUGGACACCUUCCACUGAGACUCCGCAGCCUACAGGCCCUUCACUGGGGCCUGUGGCCACAGGCACGGGACCCACAGGCUCCACCACUCUGUUGCCUUCUACAGCCCCCCCAGAUUCCAGCCCUUCUCCCACCCCGACUUUUGGCUACCACAGGAUAAAGUGUGAGCCUCCUGAGCAGCGGAAUGAGAAGAUGCUCGUCCUGAACCUCACAAACACUGGACUCUGUGCGGGGAGCUCUUCCGAUGACAAACUGGUCAUGCUUCUAUGCCGAGCUGCAAAAGCCACCUUCAACCCAGCCCAGGAUCAGUGCCACGUACGGCUGGCGCCUAUUCUAUCAAGCCAGGAAAUGGCAAUCAAAGAAAUCACUAUCGAGACAAAGCUCCUCCCCCAGGACGUAUAUGAAUUGCUGAAACCCAAGUGGGAUGAUCUAAAAGAGGUCGGGGUCAGUAACAUGCAGCUUGGGGGCCAGGGGCCACCCGAAGAGACGGAGGACCGGUUCAGCAUGCCCCUCAUCAUCACCAUCGUGUGCAUGGCAUCUUUUCUGCUCCUGGUGGCCGCCCUCUAUGGCUGCUGUCACCAGCGUCUCUCCCAGCGGAAGGACCAGCAACGACUCACAGAGGAGCUGCAGACAGUGGAGAAUGGUUACCAUGACAACCCCACGCUGGAAGUGAUGGAGACCUCAUCAGAGAUGCAAGAAAAAAAGGUGGUCAACCUUAAUGGGGAGCUGGGGGACAGCUGGAUCGUCCCUCUGGACAACCUGAUCAAGGAUGACCUCGAUGAGGAGGAGGACACACACCUCUAACCAGGUCGGCUGGUGGCCUCUGACAGCACCACAGAGCUCCAGACUGAACCACCUCAAGUGCCAUUCGGACAAGGGCAGAAAAUCCUUUCCAUUUGAGGGGAAGACUGGGGAGGGAGAGACUCAGAGGAUUCCCUCCUCCCAAACCCACAGGGCCUUAAUUUUUCCCUUUUCAAGCUGAACAAAUCACAUUCUGUCUAGAUUCCUCUUGUAAAAUAACCCAUUAGUGCCUGAGCUCAGUGCUGCUGGAAGAUGGGAGGAAGGGAGCUCCAGAAAGAGCCGUGUUGGGACUUUAGAGAUCUUCUAGUAGAUUCCCUUCAUUGCACAGAUGAAAUGACUGAGGCCUAAGUAGGGUGAGGUCAAGGUUGCACGGCCACUUGGCGAGUCAAGAUGAAAACAGACUCCUUUGUUCAGUCCAGUGCCCAUUCCCACCACAUUCAAGGCUGUCGUCAGCCAUUCUCUCCUCACGCUGCCCUGGGUAGGGUGAAGCUGCCAGUCCAGGCACGGGAACGGGGCGGGGCUGAUCCCGUCUCAGUGGAUCUGGUUACUUGAAAGUGUAAGUCCGGAGAGUUUUGUCUACUAUCCCAACCUCGUCUGCCAACGUUCCCAUCCCCAUUGUCUGUCCCCUCUCCAGGCUCAGUCUUUAUCCCCACUCAGUCCCUGGCCCCUGGGAGGAAGUGAUACAGGCUAUUCGUGACCUUGAACCCCUUGUUCUGGAUCCUGGUUUCCUUGCUGUGCUUAGUGAGCUCGGGACUUACCCCAUAGAAGAGUAUCAGUGUGAACCGAGGGCUGCUGAAGGGAAUCCCUUCACCCCAGGAGGCCCGGCCCAUCACCCACCCGGAGCGCCUUUGGCUUCCUGUUCCCACUCAACUGGGAACUAAAUUCUGCAGCAGCUAAUGAAGGCAAAGAGCUCCUAUUUUGUUGUUCGCCGCUCAGACAAUGAUGGCGAAGUCAGGCAAGGAUCCCCCCAAGAUGCAGUGUGAAAGAGCAGUAGCUUUAGGACAGACUUUCCUGGGGCCCCAGCCAGCAAAGCUGUGUCUUCACAGACAAUCUACUGAAGCAAGCGGGAAGGGUAGGCUUUACUCUUUCAUGGGAAACUCAGGGACUUCUCAAGUUGCUGAGAAUUUGUUCUCUUUUUUUUAUUCCAGCCCUCUACUGCCAAAAGCCAAAGCUCAACUUGUUGGUCAACUUUCAAUUAGUUAAUCUCACUGACUCCUGAUUAUCCUAUGCUGCAGGGCAAGAAGGUCUAGAACAUGGCCAUUGUAAGGGAGAGCUCGUGGGGUGGGAGUAGGGGGCUGGGUGUCCCCAGUGACCUCUCAUGGUCCUGGCAUGGAGCUUGGCCCAACCAUAUCCUCUUCUCUACUAGAUUCUAGGGGCUUCCCAGUUGUGCAGAUUCUGGUAGCAUCUCAGGGAAACAAAAGGCCAUUUGUGCCCCCCAGUAGAGGGGCUUUGAGAGAGCUCAGCUGUUUGUGGCUACACUGGCGGCAACUUUGGACUGAGUAUAAGGUUUAAUUUUUUUUUUUUUUUUUUUUGAGGUGAGGGAAUCCUGUGUGGACGUUGGAACCAUGGAGUCUUGUUCCUGGGCCAUCACAAUGAUGGGCAGAACUAGGGGGUGGUGAAUGAAAAGUCAUUUCAGGGCAAAAAGCAUCACAGCGUCCUGAAGGCAGGCCAGGCUGAGAUAGUGCUAGUGAAGCCGACUACAUUGAUUUGAGGUAGGCUGUUUUUUUUAAGCGUGUGUGUCGGGGGGAAGCUUAGCAGAAAGAUCUGGGUCCUUGUGUGCCUGGCUGCCUCAUUAGCCUUUUGAUAUCCUAGGGGGAAAGGAGCUGGGGAUUUAAUCAAGACCGGCCCCCUCCCCCCCCAGCACCGCGAGUUUCCCAAGAGUUAGGGUACAAAGAGGCUCACAGGGAUCCACAAGUAUUUGUCCUGAUUCUCUAGCCUUUGAUUUGGGUAGGAAGGAGACUGCAAGCUUGGGAGAACAUUGAGGAAAUCUUAUUCUGCGAGGAGGGACCUGUGUGCUUCCUUUCCAGCUGGUGUUUGGUUCUUUCUUCCCAGUGGGCUUCUAUCAUGGUUCCUUGGCAGAGGUCAGACAGGAUUACUAUUCCUGGUUCCAUUUUGCCAGCUGCACCUUCAGACAGAGACAGCAAAUACACCCCUGCAAAUAGAGCAAAGGCUGCAACCUCAAAGCUUCUUGGGAGAGAGAGGCUGACUGGAAAGGCCUAGAGUUAAAACUUAGGCUUGGUGAAGAGGAACCACUAUGGCUCUGUCCAGAGAACCUUGAGAAGCUUUGGCCUGGUUGAGGUUCCUUUUGUGCCACCAAAUUGUGUUCCUCUCGUCCUUUAGGGCAACGCCAGGUUCUAGCGCUUUCUUUGGCUUGCUCUCGCCACUGACAUCCAUGUCAGAGGCCAUCCAGCCAUAUGUCUGUCAGGGUCAUCUUCUUCCUGUAUCUUUACUGGGUUUUAAAUGCUGUUUGGCAAUUCAGAUUCUGGGGCUGAGAAGAGAGAAGUGAACACCAGGAACUCAGUGUAACUGCAACAGGUUGUGUCAAGCUCUUUCAGUGGCAAACUGCUGGUUUCCCUAAGUUGCACAAAAGGCCAGAAACCAUAAUUUCAUGAUUGGACCAGAUCUAAUGGGGUGCCUGCAGCCAGUGAGGGGGAAGAGAGGCAGCGAUGCUUAAGGAGGAGGUACAGAAUAUAUAUAUAUUGCAUCAUAGACAAGAGUACGGGUUUAAUCCAGCCUGGAUGCAAGGUUCUUUUUCCCCCUCUUGAUAAGGAAGGCUAGCAGAUAGUUUAUUUAAACCACUUCUGAGCUUUUAUCUUUGUUUGAUAAUGUUCUGGAGAAACUUUGAAAAACAAGUACAAGCUGAUACAUAUAUGCACAUUUUUUGAUACUGUAAAUACAGUGGCCACAUUAAUCCACCUGCACUACUUUAAGGGAAUAUACUUUGGAAAAACAUUUGUUAGCUAAGGGUGAUGGUUUUUAUUUUUUUUCCCUCUGAAUAAGAAUGUAAAUGUCUACUAGAAAUGAUAAAGUUUUGUUUUCUUUAAUGAAAAAAGAAAAAUCUAAGACAGGCAGGUGAGCAUGGACUUGUCUUGCAGAAUGGGCAUUUGUACUUUUAAAUAGGAACCUUGCCCUUCCCUAGCCAAGUCCCAGCCCUCUUGCAGUGAGGACUGGACAUUAUGUGCUGGCUGGGAAGUGCCACUCCAGUCUUGGGGGAGGGCAAGGGAGACGUCGUUCAAUCCUUUCCAAGAAAAAAACUGAAGCCUGGAAAGUGACUUAGCCAAAGUCAAAAUCCAGCGGUUUGGGACAGAAACAGCCCAGCGCUGUGUGCCAGAAGCAGUCAGCGCACUGCUGACGAGGCAGGCAUGGGGAUGCCACAAAGUGCUUUCCAAGGACUUACUGCAGCAAGGUCAGGGAGGGCACAGAGAAGAUAAAGAUAGGAGUCUUACCGGUCCUCUCCAGUGCCUAUGAGUUAUCUAGGUCUAAGACUUUCUGAACAGUUCUUUCUGCCCAGGAGCAGUUUUCGAGUGGGCUUUUACAUGUGGAUCUACUAGCAGAACUAAGGAUCAAAGGAACAGGACAGAGGAAGAGGAUGGGGCGAGAGGAAAGCUGUGGCCAUCCAGCAUUCUCACUGGUGGACUCACUCAGGUGGGGACAUCCCAGCACUGAGUGGCGGGGAGAGGGUCACUCUGUCUUUUAUUAGUGAAUGUUCAACAGUUUGCCCAGGACACUGGGGGAGCAUGUGUCUUAGAGGACAGGGGUCUGAAGUACACUGGAAUUUACUGAGAAACGUGUAAAGAUUAUACUUAAUUAUUGCCAUUUUCUUACAAAAGUAUAUUUUGGAAAGUUGUAUACUGUCAAUUAAAGUGCUUUUGUGUAAGCCAGCCCGAGCCCUAGUAUGUCGCUGUGAUUGGCUUGUGCUCUGACGUGCGUGAGGCUCAUCACAAAACACCCCGGACAGCAGGCACCCUCGAGUGGGUGUGGUAGCUGCUGCUCUCAGGCAGGGCUGCUGAAUGUUGUGGGUCCAGAGAGCGGAAGAGGUUUCCUCCACUCUAUCGUCUUAUCCUUUUCCUCCCCACUACUUCUGUCUCAGACACAACUGCGAAUCAGCCACACCCAAGAUCCCAUGGGGCCCGAUAAAUCCUGAUCAGUUAUGAAAAUUGACAUAGGGAUGGAACACAUAAAAAUACAAAAAAUAAAAGGCUCUAUUCCAUCCA